AUGAGCACCCACUCUAGGCGUCGGAUUCCGCCAGCAGCACCGGCAGCCCGCCGCACUCCUUCUCGCCCUCCGCACCGCCCUCCUCCUCGCCCUGCUUGCUCGCGUCUAACAGCUUUGCCGGGUCCGCGUCCUUUCUGGAAGUUGCAUUGCAUGGGGGAGUUGCAUUGCAUGGGGGAGUUGCAUUGCAUGGGGGAGUUGGAUUGCAUGGGGGAGUUGCAUUGCAUGGGGGAGUUGGAUUGCAUGGGGGAGUUGCAUUGCAUGGGGGAGUUGGAUUGCAUGGGGGAGUUGCAUUGCAUGGGGAAGUUGGAUUGCAUGGGGGAGUUGGAUUGCAUGGGGGAGUUGCAUUGCAUGGGGGAGUUGCAUUGCAUGGGGGAGUUGCAUUGCAUGGGGGAGUUGCAUUGCAUGGGGGAGUUGGAUUGCAUGGGGGAGUUGCAUUGCAUGGGGGAGUUGGAUUGCAUGGGGGAGUUGGAUUGCAUGGGGGAGUUGGAUUGCAUGGGGGAGUUGCAUUGCAUGGGGGAGUUGGAUUGCAUGGGGGAGUUGGAUUGCAUGGGGGAGUUGGAUUGCAUGGGGGAGUUGCAUUGCAUGGGGGAGUUGGAUUGCAUGGGGGAGUUGGAUUGCAUGGGGGAGUUGGAUUGCAUGGGGGAGUUGGAUUGCAUGGGGGAGUUGGAUUGCAUGGGGGAGUUGGAUUGCAUGGGGGAGUUGGAUUGCAUGGGGGAGUUGGAUUGCAUGGGGGAGUUGGAUUGCAUGGGGGAGUUGGAUUGCAUGGGGGAGUUGGAUUGCAUGGGGGAGUUGGAUUGCAUGGGGGAGUUGGAUUGCAUGGGGGAGUUGGAUUGCAUGGGGGAGUUGGAUUGCAUGGGGGAGUUGGAUUGCAUGGGGGAGUUGCAUUGCAUGGGGGAGUUGGAUUGCAUGGGGGAGUUGGAUUGCAUGGGGGAGUUGGAUUGCAUGGGGGAGUUGGAUUGCAUGGGGGAGUUGGAUUGCAUGGGGGAGUUGGAUUGCAUGGGGGAGUUGGAUUGCAUGGGGGAGUUGGAUUGCAUGGGGGAGUUGGAUUGCAUGGGGGAGUUGGAUUGCAUGGGGGAGUUGGAUUGCAUGGGGGAGUUGGAUUGCAUGGGGGAGUUGGAUUGCAUGGGGGAGUUGCAUUGCAUGGGGGAGUUGGAUUGCAUGGGGGAGUUGGAUUGCAUGGGGGAGUUGGAUUGCAUGGGGGAGUUGGAUUGCAUGGGGGAGUUGGAUUGCAUGGGGGAGUUGGAUUGCAUGGGGGAGUUGGAUUGCAUGGGGGAGUUGGAUUGCAUGGGGGAGUUGGAUUGCAUGGGGGAGUUGGAUUGCAGGAGUUGGAUUGCAGGAGUUGGAUUGCAGGAGUUGGAUUGA